AUGGAGAAUAUGCAACGAUUUCGUGUGCGUGUGUGCCUCUCUCUCCUCCUCUCGCUCGCCCCCUUGCUCGCCCUCUCUCUCUCUGACAUAUGCAGUUCUAAACCCAAAGACCUGGAGCUGGAGCCGCGCUGUGUUUACAGAACUGUGGAGCCAGAUGAACCUCCUACUGCCUCCCCCACCUCGGACCCUGUCCCAGAGAACACAAACCCUCGUGUGUGGGAGUUGUCGCGGGCGAACGGUGCCUUUGCUCUGUCUCUUUACAAACAGCUGAGCUCCGGACGCUCUGCCUCAGAAAACAUGUUCAUGUCACCGAUCAGCGUCUCCACCGCCUUCGCCAUGACCAAGCUGGGCGCCUGCAACCACACACUGCAGCAGAUCAUGAAGGUUUUUGAGUUCGACACCAUCAAAGAGAAGACCUCGGACCAGGUGCACUACUUCUUCGCCAAACUGAACUGUCGCUUGUUCAGGAAGAAGGACGAGACCACGGAGCUGGUCUCUGCUAACCGACUGUUUGGAGAAAAGUCUCUGAGCUUCAACGAGACCUACCAGAACAUCAGCGAGACCGUCUACGGGACCAGACUCCUGCCGCUCAACUUUAAGGAGGACCCUGAAGCUUCUCGUGUGAUCAUCAACGAGUGGAUUGCUAAUAAAACAGAAAACAGGAUCAAACACACUCUGCCUCCAGGAGCUAUAGACUCUACCACCAUCCUGGUCCUGGUCAACACCAUCUACUUCAAGGGCCAGUGGAAGCAUAAGUUUGACAAAGAAAACGUGUUUGCUUCGGACUUCCACGUGUCUGCGGAGCAGACCUGCUCGGUACAGAUGAUGUACCAGGAGACCAAGUUCAAGUACCAGGAGCUACCCGAGGAGCACCUGCAGCUGCUGGAGAUGCCCUACAGCGGAGACGACAUCACCAUGGUGCUCAUCCUGCCUCACCCUGGUACCUCACUGGCUCAGAUCGAGGAAGGUCUAGACCUGAAGAAGCUGUCGUCGUGGAUGGAGCUGAUGGAGGAGAAGACAGUCUCUGUGCAUGUCCCAAAGUUCAAAGUGGAAGACCAGUUCAGUCUUAAGGACAAGCUGGAGACCAUGGGGCUGACGGAUCUGUUCAAUGCAGAGAGAGCCAGCCUGCCUGGAAUGUUGGAGGACGGCAGCGACACUCUGUUCAUCUCAGAGGCCUAUCACAAAGCUUUUCUCGAGGUGAACGAGGAGGGCAGCGAGGCGGCAGCUGCGACUGCGGUGUUGGCCAUUGGUCGCUCCUUCAAACCAAACAGAGAAGUGUUUGUGGCGGAUCGGCCGUUCCUCCUCGUAAUCAGAGAGUCCACCAUCAACGCCCUGCUGUUCACAGGACGAGUGGCCAACCCCUGCAACCAAUGA